AUGAAGAAUUAUCUCAAUAUUUUGGAUAUACCUGAUGAAAUCUUAUUUCUUAUUUUCCAAAGAUUGAAUGCAGUUGAAGUUUUUUCUUCACUUGAAGAUGUUAAUCAACGAUUUCAUCGAUUAGCAUUUGAUCCUCUUCUCAUUCGCAAUCUUAAUAUGACAACAAUAACGAACAUCAAUUCAUUCUACGAUCAAAAUUCUUUAAUGGAUUCAAAAGUUCUUUCAAGAAUUUAUAAAAAUAUCUUACCUCAAAUUCAUUCACAAGUACAUAAACUCACUGUUGAACAAGAUUUAAUGAAAGAAAUUCUUCAUGCUGGUACUUAUCCUCAACUUUAUUCUUUAUCAUUGAUUAAUUGUGAAGGAGAAAUACUUUAUCAAUAUUUAUCAGACGAUUUAGUUCUUCGUGAUCUUUUGACUAAACAAAUAACACAUCUUAAUAUUGAUAUGAAAAUGCCAGAAGGAUCAGACUCGGAAACAAUGUCAAAGAUUUUUCAAUUAAUCUUAUCUUUAUGUAAAAAUUUAAUUUCAUUAAAUUUUUGUGAUAUGUAUCCAACAAGAAGUUGUUUCAAUCAUCUUCGUUAUUUAUUCCAAGAAAGUUAUAUGCCUUCUAGUUUAAACAAAUUAAAAAUUAAUCUUCCGGUUUUAACUUAUUAUCUUUAUUUGCUUGAUGGACCUCUUGUUUCUUUGUCAACAUUAAUUAUUAAUGUAACAUCUAUUUUUCAUCCUGAAAUGUUAGAACCUAUUGAUCCAACUAAAAAACUUCCAAAUUUGAAAUAUUUCUCAUUCACAUCGUUUGGUUAUACAUUUGAAUAUGAUAAUUUAAUAGUUCCAUUACUUUGUCGAAUGACAAAUCUUGAAGAAUUGCAAUUGUAUCUAAGCGUAGGAAGAUUCUAUCCAAGUUUGAUUGAUGGAAAUCAAUUAUAUGAUCAAUUUCUUAUUUAUAUGACACUAUUAAGAAAAUUUACAUUUUAUAUAAAGACAUGGGUCACUUUUGACACCAUUACAAAUGAAAUUCCAACAAGUGAAGAUAUUCAACGUACUUUUAUUGGAAGAAUAGAUGAACCAGUAGCUGCGUAUGUAUAUAUGAAGUCAUAUCCACGUCCGCGUGAUUGUGUUUGUCAUGUUUAUACACUUCCAUAUGACUUCGAAUAUUUUACUGACCUCAAUAACUCUUUUCAAGGUGUAUCACGUGUAUUAAUUUAUUUUCUGGUAAUAUUAUUAAUAAUUAGUUAUUAUUGUGAAGCACAACAAGAAAUACGUAAAGCUGUACGAGCAAAAACUGAUAGAAAAAUAAAAGAAGCAAACAAAAAAAUAAAAGAAGCAAAUAAAGCAAUUGAACAAGAAAAACAAGCUGUUAGACGUAUUAAAAAUCAAGCAAAAGCACCGUUUAAAAAAGUAAAUGCAAAAGUAAAUAAAAAAGUUCAAAAUGCAAAUCGAAAAAUACAAGCAAUUGAAGCAGUUAUAAAUUCAUAA